CGCGCACACAAACCUUCCCCCAAACUCUCACAAGUGGGAGAAAGAGGCCACGUGUUUGUUAUAAAUGUCAGUCCGCUUCCUCUUGGGCACAAGUAACUUCUCGCUUUCCAGAAACCUUCUCCUCGCCGCGCCCAAAAUAUUCACCUUUCGCUCUGGCAUUUCAACCCUCGCCAUGUCCAGCCGCCCCAACUUCCGAGGCGGUCGCCGAGGCGGCCCCAACUCCGGCGGAGGCCGCCGCGGAGGCAGUGGCCGAGGUCGUGGAGGUGGCCGCGGCGGUGGCGAACAGCGCUGGUGGGACCCGGUAUGGCGAGCCGAGCGCCUGAGGCAACAAGCAGCGGAGAUGGAAGUGCUUGAUGAGAAUGAAUGGUGGGGAAAGAUGGAGCAGAUGAAGAACGGGGCGGAGCAGGAGAUGGUGAUCAAGCGCAAUUUUAGUCGCAAUAAUCAGCAAACCCUAUCUGACAUGGCUUAUCAACUGGGGCUUCACUUCCAUGCGUAUAAUAAAGGGAAGGCUCUUGUGGUCAGCAAAGUUCCGUUGCCGGAUUACAGAGCAGAUCUUGAUGAGCGUCAUGGUUCCACACAAAAAGAGAUUAAAAUGUCCACGGAGACUGCCGACAGAGUUGGGAGUCUUUUGCGCAGCUCAGAGUCACAGGGAGAGGUAUCUGUUAAUGUGGCUUCUGGGUCUGGCCAGGGAAGCAAACAAACUUCUGCUAGUGUAAAUUCAAGCAAACCUGUCUCCCAGUUAGAGCCUGAUACUGUAAAGGAGAAAGAGAAACUUAGCCGUCAACUUAAGGAGAGGCAGGAACAAAUGAAGGUGAGCAAUAGUUUGAAAGCAAUGCAGUUGUUUCGAGAAAAGCUUCCUGCAUUCAAAAUGAAGUCUGAAUUUCUUAGAGCUGUGUCAGAAAAUCAGGUCUUGGUAGUCUCUGGGGAGACAGGUUGUGGAAAAACAACACAGCUUCCUCAAUUUAUUCUAGAAGAUGAGAUUUCACGUCUACAUGGUGCUGACUGCAACAUAAUAUGCACACAACCUCGUCGUAUUUCUGCUGUGUCUGUUGCAGCUCGUAUAUCCUCCGAAAGGGGAGAGAAUCUUGGUGAAACUGUUGGUUAUCAGAUCCGCCUGGAAUCAAAGCGUUCUGCUCAAACACGACUCCUAUUUUGCACCACUGGAGUAUUACUUCGACAGUUGGUUCAAGACCCCAUGCUAACUGGCGUGAGCCACUUGCUAGUGGAUGAAAUCCAUGAAAGAGGCAUGAACGAGGACUUUUUACUAAUAAUUUUGUGUGACCUUCUUCCUCGGCGUCCAGAUCUACGAUUAAUUCUAAUGAGUGCCACCAUCAAUGCGGACUUGUUCUCCAAAUACUUUGGAAAUUGCCCAACAAUACAUAUACCAGGAUUAACUUUCCCUGUGGCAGAAUUAUUUCUAGAAGACAUUCUAGAGAAAACUCGUUAUAUUGUCAAGUCAGAGUUUGACAACUUGGAAGGGGGAAAUUCCAGGAGAAGAAGGAGACAGCAAGAUUCCAAGAAGGAUCCUUUAACUGAAUUAUUUGAGGAUGUUGAUAUUGAUGCUCACUACAGAAAUUACAGCACAUCUACAAGAAAGUCUCUUGAAGCGUGGUCUGGUUCACAGCUUGACUUGGGUCUGGUAAAGAACUUGCUUUAUCACUAUCUAUUUCUUAGAAAAAUUGUGCUGGCUACAAACAUAGCAGAGAGUAGUAUCACCAUAGAUGAUGUUGUCUAUGUCAUAGACUGUGGAAAGGCAAAGGAAACCAGUUAUGAUGCUUUAAACAAGUUGGCUUGUCUGUUACCAUCAUGGAUUUCAAAGGCUUCAGCACAUCAGAGGCGAGGGCGUGCUGGCCGUGUGCAGCCUGGAGUUUGUUACAGACUAUAUCCAAAAAUGAUCCAUGAUGCAAUGCUCCAAUAUCAGUUACCUGAAAUUCUCCGAACACCUUUGCAAGAGCUAUGCCUCCACAUCAAAAGUUUGCAGCUUGGAGCUGUUGGGUCUUUUUUGGCUAAGGCACUUCAGCCACCAGAUCCUCUUGCUGUUCAAAAUGCAAUCGAACUUCUCAAAACCAUUGGAGCUUUAGAUGACAUAGAGGGGCUUACUCCGCUUGGUCACCAUCUUUGCACACUACCAUUGGAUCCAAACAUUGGGAAAAUGCUUCUAAUGGGUUCUAUCUUUCAAUGCCUGAAUCCUGCCUUAACAAUUGCAGCUGCCCUUGCUCAUCGUGACCCUUUUGUCCUACCAUUAAAUAGGAAAGAGGAUGCUGAUGCUGCAAAACAAUCCUUUGCUGGUGAUUCAUUCAGUGAUCACAUAGCUGUUGUCAAGGCUUUUGAAGGAUGGAAGGAAGCCAAACAUAACGGAACGGGAAAAACAUUCUGUUGGGAUAACUUUUUAUCCCCGGUAACGUUGCAGAUGAUGGAGGAUAUGAGGAUCCAGUUUCUAGAUCUAUUAUCAAAUAUUGGCUUUCUUGACAAAUCCAGGGGUGCUAACGCUUACAAUCAAUACAGCCAUGACCUGGAGAUGGUAUGUGCAAUCCUCUGUGCUGGGCUCUAUCCGAAUGUUGUGCAGUGUAAAAGAAGAGGAAAGCGGACAGCAUUCUAUACUAAAGAAGUUGGUAAAAUUGAUAUCCAUCCUGCAUCGGUCAAUGCUGGGGUUCAUUUAUUCCCUCUCCCGUACAUGGUUUAUAGUGAAAAAGUGAAGACAACCAACAUUUUCAUUCGAGACUCUACAAAUAUAUCAGAUUAUGCUUUACUUCUGUUUGGUGGUAGUCUUAUCCCUAGCAAGACUGGUGAGGGUAUUGAGAUGCUUGGAGGUUACCUUCAUUUCUCUGCAUCAAAGAGUGUUUUAGAAUUAAUUCGGAAAUUGCGUGGUGAACUUGACAAGCUUCUAAACAGGAAGAUUAACAACCCAGGAUUGGACGUCUCAAGCGAGGGAAAGGGAGUGGUUUCGGCUGUGGUUGAGCUUUUGCAUAGUCAAAAUGUACGAUAUUAAAUCAUUUGUUCCUUAUGGAUCGUCACAGUUUUGAAGUCAACUCAUUUACAGUAGAAGAUAGUGUGUUGCGGUAAAAUUUUGUCCCUUAUUAUGUAAUGCAGUUCGCGGUGUGAAUGUACCCUUUUGAUAAGUUAUCUUUGUUGACAGGGUUUCAAAUGAUCUUUAGUUUAAUAAAUUUCUAGUAAAAAUAGGAGGUUAACAAUAAA